UGUUUGCUGCUGAAAGGGGAGGGUAGAGCUUGAGGAGGACGGGAGCGUAGCGAGGGGGUCUGUGAAACGUCAGAAACAGCACACAAGCAUCGCCACGUAAUUACGGACUCCUAUUAUGGUCCAUCUACCCUCCCAGGAGUCUCAGAGUUUCAUUUACUCCCCGGUUGGUUCAGGCAGCAUCCGCAGCGUGCCAGCGUGCGCCUCAUUUGAAGUGCCAGAGCAAGAGAGAAGCAGAGACUGAGAGAAACAGAGAGAGAGUGAGGGAAAGCAAGAGAGAGUCGACUGAUUCUCACUGAGAAAAAGCAAUAGUUCCAAGAAAGGUGCCUUAGCCAUUGCAGAGUCAGUUUCCCAGUGCGUUCAGCCCUGAGCUGAGCCAGCUUUACUCACACACGAGCGCAUCUGUUCGGCAUCAGUUAAGCUCAGUCAGUUGCGACCGUGAGUCAACAGGAGUGGGAAGUGGGGAGGACUUUUUAAGAGGACUUCUUGAAAACCCAGAUGCAGGACGCUGUGAUUUUAUAUGGAGACUCUAUUUGUUGUUUAUGCGCGUGUAUGGAUGGACCGGAUGCGUAGAGAUUUGUGAUCGAGGGAAAACAAACAAGGGGAAAAGCUUUUUUCUUCUAUCUGUAGAAGUUUGGUUUACUGCCGCUGCUGCGUCUGGAUGUGAGCAGCAACUGUGCUUUGCUUGGAAAACUGAGGUUUCUCCGCUGGUUUGUAGGCGCUGUUCCUGUUCGUGCGUUCUAUGUGCAAGGAUACAUUUGGCUCGCUUAUUAUUAUUGCUCAGUUUUUUUCUACUGUAUCCUAUUUGCGUCAUGACUUCUAGCUAUGCACAUGUAAGGGACAGGCAAGCAACGAUAUCAAAUCGCUUGGAGAGUCCGAUUACAUCGAAUCUGGAAAACCUUCAAGCCAAAAAGAACUUCUCCGUGAGCCACCUGUUGGAUCUGGAGGAGGCCAGGGAAAUGGUUGGGACACAGGCGGACGAGAGUGUCGGUGAGGCAGGGAGGAAUAUGCUGGAGUCCCCGGGGCUGACCAGUGGGAGCGACACCACCCAGCAGGAGAAUGAGCAGCUGAACGCAGAGGAGAAGAAGAAGAGGAAACAGAGGAGGAACAGAACUACGUUCAACAGCAGCCAGCUGCAGGCUCUGGAGAGGGUGUUUGAGAGGACACACUACCCCGACGCCUUCGUCAGAGAGGACCUGGCACGCAGGGUCAACCUCACAGAGGCACGGGUGCAGGUGUGGUUUCAGAAUAGAAGAGCAAAGUUUCGUCGGAACGAGCGAGCCAUGUUGGCCAGCAAGAACGCCUCGCUCCUUAAGUCCUACUCCGGGGACGUCACAGCCGUGGAGCAGCCCAUCGUACCCCGUCCGGCCCCCCGCCCAAAUGACUACCUAUCCUGGGGCAGUGCCUCUCCUUACAGCUGGUACCCAAUGCCGGAGGGAGUGCCAAUGCGAGUGCCACAGAAAAUGCUGCCCUCACAAAGCAAUGCCAUGGCAACCUACCCCCCCACAUGCUCCAACCCCAAUACAUCCCAGGGAAUGAACAUGGCUAACAGCAUCGCCAACCUGCGGCUCAAAGCCAAGGAGUACAGCUUGAACCACGUGCCCACGGUCAACUGAGGAGAGAGGGGGGAGAGAGAGGCUUCAUGGUGGGGCUGGGGUCUCUCUCUCUCUCUCUCACAUGUCUGUCCCACACAGACAGACAGUAAGACCCCUGCCUGGCCCCCACAGGGAUGAUUAAGAUCUGCCAUCCAUUUUAGCUUGAAGUCUCCUCUCGUUCCGGAGCUAUAGCGAUGGACCUGCUUCCUAUACUGUCCGCAAACCUGAAGCAUCUGAUGAGAAAGCAAGCGACACGGGGGAAUCAUGAGAGGUUGUUUCUGUGAGCCGCGUCUCUCCUAUCCUGAGCAUCGCUGAACUGUCGCUGUCUGUACUAACCAAUUAAACAAAAGAGAUCAACCAAUUAAACCAAAGAGAUCAACCAAUUAAACCAAAGACAUCUAGACUGGGACUGGAUGCUGUAGCAAAUGACUGUUUUUAUUCUUUCUUUCAAUUUGAUUUUGACUGAAUGAAAGGCUAGUCUCCAAAGAUAUGGAAAUUCUGACAGAAUCAAUCUGACUGUCAGGCUGUCAGUGUCCAUUUCUAGUUUUAUUCACGGUCAAGACCACAGUGACCACUUCCGUGGGGUGAGGAGGAGAUGAGGAGGAGAUGAGGAGGAGAUGAGGAGGAGACACCAGGAUGGACGACUUUUCAAAUGGAGUUUUCUGUAUUUUUAUUAUAGAGCAUUCAAUAGGAUUAUAACAGCAGAAUGGGAUGAGUAACUUCCUGAUCAACAACAACAACAACAUCAACAAGGACUUAUCCUUGGGAGGUUACAAACAUUUAUACGUUUUAAUAUUUUUUCUUCUCACAUUUCUUUCCAUUUUAUUCCACUGACAAGCAAACAUUUUUCCCGGCGCAUUUUGAUUCAUAUAAUGCCAUGGUACACUAUACAGGAAAGGCUAAUGUAACCUAUUUCUGAAUCCAAGACCGUAGUUUCGCUUCAUCUUUGUAUGAUAAUCUUUAUUUGUAACAGAUAAUCAUGUAUAUUAAUAAACUCAAGCAAAGUAAUGCCACUGUGUCAGACUUACACGGUUGAAAGCUAUUUGAGGGUUGCACUAUCCAGCCACGAUAUCUACAUGAGAUUUAAACUAUUUAAAUAGAAAGAUGUGGAGGCCGCUUUUAGAGUAUCUAGAAUUUUUUUAUAUUUAGAAUUUUAAGAAUAUUUAGAAUUUUUGAAUAUCUAGAAUUUUUGAAUAUUUAGAAUUUUAGAAUAUGUAGAAUUUUAGAAUAUUGGCAGUUAUUUUUAGAAUACAAUGUGUUAUGAGCUGUUGACGAAAGGGAAUCAUAUCAAAUGUAAUUUACCAAAGUUCAAUCAGGAAGGCCGGUGUGAAAGCUUGUUAAACUUCAUCCAGGAAGCAUAACAUAAUUCACUCUGUUUCCUAUUCUAGGGACAUAGUGUCUUGUUUCUUCUCCUCUUUCCUAUUAGCCACGUGCAGAAUGACAUUCACCUAUUGACCCUAUAGCCUAUAAGCACGGCCCCGUUAUGCACAUUCCUCACGCUUGAUGUUUAACUUAUGGGCUCACUUUUGCAAUUAUCACCUUCCUCUCGCUCAACCAAUAUGGGUCGUAAGUCUUGGGAUGUAUUUACAUGUCAACUUAUCUUCGUUCUCUCACUUGCUGUCUUUCAGCAACAGUUUUCAACAACCAUUCACCUCCCCACCACCAGCAGCUAUAAUAACCUUAAGGUGCGUAAUUGUAACUCCUUUACCCCAGCGGGGGUUCGAUUCCCGGCCAGUAGUCCCGCAUAGCUACCUGCCAUCACAUCUGGCUCUGAGGAUCUUCCCUUGGAGAUGAGGCCAUUCUCCAAACUAUUGAAUAAAAUGUCAUAUUACA